UUUUCUCCCACCGCCGUCAAUUUCAGAGACAUCGACAACCGCAGCGCCCUGCACGUCGCCGCCUGCCAGGGGCGGACGAACGUCGUCGACUUGCUCCUCCGCCGCGGCGCCGAAGUCGACGUCGAGGAUCGCUGGGGCAGCACGCCCCUUGCAGAUGCAAUUUACUACAAAAACAAUGACAUUAUAAAGCUUUUGGAGGCAAAUGGUGCAAAACCUCCGAUGGCUCCCAUGCAUGUUGAAAACGACCGUGAGGUUCCUGAAUAUGAAAUUGAUCCAAAAGAGAUAGACUUCACCAACAGCGUGGAAAUAACUAAGGGAACAUUUUGCAUUGCCUCAUGGCGUGGUAUUCAGGUUGCUGUUAAGAAAUUUGCUGAGGAAUUUUUCAUUGAUGAAGAGAAAGUAAAUGCAUUCAGGGAUGAGCUUGCUCUACUUCAAAAGAUACGCCACCCGAAUGUCGUCCAGUUUCUUGGUGCUGUGACUCAAUGUACUCCAAUGAUGAUUGUUACCGAAUAUCUCCCAAAGGGGGAUUUGUGUGCAUACCUGAAAAGAAAACAUGCUUUAAAGUUGAAAACCACUAUCAAGUUUGCCUUGGAUAUUGCGAGAGGAAUGAACUACUUGCAUGAGAAUAAGCCUGAAGCCAUAAUACAUCGAGAUCUUGAACCGUCAAACGUAUUGCGGGAUGAUUCUGGUCAUCUCAAAGUUGCUGACUUUGGGCUAAGCAAGCUGAUGAAAGUUACCAAAACAGUCAAAGAAGACAAACAUGUGUCUUGGCAACAGACGUCUUGGCGAUACAUGGCUCCUGAAGUUUUCAGAAAUGAGGAAUAUGAUACUAAGGUGGAUGUGUUUUCAUUUGCAUUGAUAUUACAAGAGAUGAUUGAGGGUCAUCCACCGUUUCCUAAAAGGAAUGACAUUGAAGUUGCUAAAGCAUAUGCUGCCAAUGAGCGCCCACCUUUUGACGCUCCAAUUAAACAUUAUGCUUAUGGACUGCGACGAUUAAUAGAAGAUUGUUGGCACGACCAGCCAUCAAAAAGACCAACUUUCAAGGAAAUAAUUGUGAAGUUGGAUGCAACAAACAAAACUCUCGUAAAGAAAAGACGGUGGAAGAGAAAAGCAGUGAAUAUUCUCCGUAAAUUCGAGUCAGUCUUGAAGUUGAAUCAUUCUACAUCUUCUUCCCGGAGUAAUCCUUCUGGCUCAACAGUUAGAUGAGUGAUUAAUUUCUUUGAAGACGACGACCAAGAAAAUGGGAAAAAAGAACAAUAAAAUGCUAAUAGCUGACCAUUUCUGAGGUUUUGCAAAUUUGCCUCCUAUUUUUUGUUGCUUCCUUAGCACUACUUGCUAGCAAAAGUUUCUGUAAAUGCAGAAUUUUUUCCUUUCCUUUUUUGUAGAGCUGUUUCUUUGUGUUCUUCUCAUUCCUUUAUUUUUGGAGAGGAUAUUGCUUUUAUCAUGCAUAAAAAUAUUACUCAAAUCUUUUUCUUGCACAAA